AUAUAGUCAGCCAUUUUUUAUGUAAGGGGAUUUUUUUUCUUAUUGGGGGGGUUGUUAAAAAAUAAAUAUAAGAGGGCGGCCAUCUUUGUUGCUCUGCCUAGUGUAAAAUAUUUCAAAACGCCCCCCACUUUUUUUUCUCCCCCGUGCCGAUUUGAAUAUUAAAUAAAUAUCACACAUUCGCGGCAAGAAUACGGUUUCUUUGAAUACGAGGACGGCUCCGAUGACGGGAAUAUAAUGUCCUCUCCUCUCCGGUCCUGUGGGGAAGACGAGGGCAUGGUGGUUAACUCCGGGCGAAGAGAUUUUGAUGAAGACGACAACGACGACGACGACGGCGACCGAGACCUGGACGAGAACGCAAGCGACAUAAACUCGCCGGCGGCGCGUCGGGAAACUGCAGCGCCAGACGAAGAGGCAGUGACACCAGACGUCCCGUGCAAGAAGAAAGGGCGACCGAAGAAGAAGAAGGACACAAAGAAGAAAGACAAAGACGGGAAACCGGUCAAAGCGAGAAAACGCAAGAAGAUUGCCAGCGAUGUAGAGAGAGACUCGGACAGAGAAAGAGACUACGGCGAGAACUCGGACAGCGCGCCCAGCGACUAUGGGUCCGGAGAGAAGAAGAAGAAGAAGAAGCAUAAAGAAAGGAAGGAGAAGAAAACCAAGAAGAAGAAAAAAGUUGACGGGGACCGAGACAGCAGCCAGGAGGAGACAGUCAAGCAGCCGAUAGAGCAGAAGACGUCGGCGCAGCUGGCGAAGGAUUGGGGUCUGGAGGAUGUUGAUCAUACCUUCACGGAGGAAGACUACAGGGAACUCACCAACUACAAAGCCUUCAGCCAGUUCACGAGGCCGAUGAUCGCCAGGAAGAAUCCUAAGAUCCCCAUGUCGAAGAUGAUGACCAUCCUGGGGGCCAAGUGGAGGGAUCAGCUCAACAACCCCUUCAAGGGCAACGCCGCUGCCGUCGCGGCGGCGGCCGCGGCCGCAGCAAUCGCCGUCGCCGAGCAGGUCACCGCCGCCAGCGCCUUGCCCGAGCGGCCCCGGCCCCCACCCCGGCGGCGGCGGCUUCCACCGCCAAUCAGAAAGGCCAAGAGGAAAGAGGGCAAAGGCCCCGGCUUCAAAAAGCGCAGCAAAGGUUCUCGAGUCCCGGAGAAGAAAAAGGCCGUAGCGAAGGCUAAAAAGAUGGCGCCCAUUCGCAUCAAGCUGUCGCCCAUCGGCGCCAAGAGGAAGAAGAGUUGCUCGAGCGAGGACGUGGAGGAGGACGAGUCCGAGCAGGAGGACUCCAGCGUCCACAGCUCCUCCGUUCGCUCCGACAGCUCCGGCCGCGUCAAGAAGAACAAGCGCGGGCGCCCCGCCAAAAAGAAGAAGAAGACCGCAAUCGCAGGUGAAGAGGAGGGGGACGGCUACGAGACGGAUCAUCAGGACUUCUGCGAGGUGUGCCAGCAGGGCGGCGAGAUCAUCCUGUGCGACACCUGCCCUCGGGCUUACCACCUCGUCUGCCUGGAGCCCGAGCUGGAGAAGGCCCCCGAGGGCAAGUGGAGCUGCCCGCACUGCGAAAAAGAGGGAAUCCAGUGGGAGGCGAAGGACGAGGACUUCGAGGACUUCGAGGAGGACGCCGAGGACAGGGUGAUAUCCGAGGUCAGCGCCCUGGGGGCGGAGGAGGACGACGACGACGACCACAUGGAGUUCUGUCGCGUGUGCAAAGACGGCGGGGAGCUGCUGUGCUGCGACGCCUGCACCUCCUCCUACCACAUCCACUGCCUGAACCCGCCGCUGCCCGAGAUCCCCAACGGGGAGUGGCUGUGUCCGCGCUGCACGUGUCAGCUAAUCAAAGGGCGAGUCCAGAAGAUCCUCCACUGGCGAUGGGGCGAUCCGCCGCUGCCCAUCCCCGUCCCCCCCGCCCCCGACGCCGCGCCCGACGCCCCCCCGCCGCCACCCAUGAAGGGCAGGGCCGAGAGGGAGUUCUUUGUCAAGUUGACGGGGCAGUCCUACUGGCACUGCACCUGGAUCACUGAGCUGCAGCUUGAGAUCUUCCACUCUGUGAUGUACAGAAACUACCAGAGGAAGACGGACAUGGACGAGCCUCCCAGCCUGGAUUACGGGUCGGGCGGCGAGGACGAGAACGGGGCGGGGAAGAGCGAGAAGAGGAGGGCCAAGGACCCCCAGUACGCCAAGCUGGAUGACAAGUACUACAAAUAUGGCAUCAAGCCGGAGUGGAUGAUGAUCCACCGCAUCAUCAACCACAGCGUGGAUAAGAAGGGGACGUACCACUACCUGGUCAAAUGGAGAGACCUGACCUACGACCAGUGCACCUGGGAGAGGGAUGACCUGGACAUCCCCGACUUUGCAAUCUACAAGGGCAACUACUGGAGACACAGAGAUGCAAUAAUGAAGGAGGACCCGGACAAACCCAGGAGGAUGAGGAGCAAGAACCAGGAGGGCGAAGAGGAGUCUCCCGCCUCUCCGGUCACUGAUCCCACGAUAAAAUACGACGAGCAGCCCGACUUCGUCACGUCGACUGGCGGGACGUUGCACUUGUACCAGCUGGAGGGUCUCAACUGGCUCCGGUUCUCCUGGGCUCAGGGCACGGACACCAUCCUGGCGGACGAAAUGGGCCUCGGCAAGACCAUCCAGACCAUCGUCUUCCUCUACUCGCUCUUCAAAGAGGGCCACACCAAGGGUCCGUUCCUGGUCAGCGCUCCGCUCUCCACCAUCAUCAACUGGGAGAGGGAGUUCGAGAUGUGGGCGCCCGACUUCUACGUGGUGACGUACACGGGGGACAAAGACAGCCGAGCCGUCAUCCGGGAGAACGAGUUCUCCUUCGACGAGAUGGCCGUCAAAGGCGGGAAGAAGGCCUUCAAACUGAGGAGAGAGGCUUUGAUCAAAUUCCACGUGCUGCUGACCUCCUACGAGUUGGUGACCAUCGACCAGACGGCGCUCAAGUCCAUCGACUGGGCCUGUCUGGUGGUGGACGAGGCUCACCGCCUCAAGAACAACCAGUCCAAGUUUUUCAGGCGUCUGAACGACUACAAGAUCGACCACAAGCUGCUGUUGACUGGAACGCCUCUCCAGAACAACCUGGAGGAGCUGUUUCACCUGCUCAACUUCCUCACACCAAACCGCUUCAACAACCUCGAAGGCUUCCUGGAGGAAUUUGCCGACAUCUCCAAGGAGGACCAGAUCAAGAAGCUCCACGACCUGCUGGGGCCUCACAUGCUGCGGAGGCUGAAGGCCGACGUCUUCAAGAACAUGCCCUCCAAGACCGAGCUGAUCGUCAGGGUGGAGCUGAGCCCCAUGCAGAAGAAAUACUACAAGCUGAUUCUGACCAAGAACUUUGAGGCGCUGAACUCGAAAGGUGGAGGAAACCAGGUGUCCCUGCUCAACAUCAUGAUGGACCUAAAGAAGUGCUGCAACCACCCCUACCUCUUCCCCGUCGCCUCCAUCGAAGCCCAAAAAACCCCAAACGGCGCUUACGAGGGGUCGGCCCUCACCAAGGCCUCCGGGAAGCUGACGCUGUUGCAGAAGAUGCUGAGGAAACUGAAAGACCAGGGGCACCGAGUAUUGGUCUUCUCACAGAUGACUAAAAUGCUGGAUUUACUGGAGGAUUUCCUCGACCACGAAGGUUACAAGUACGAACGAAUCGACGGGAGCGUCACCGGGGCGCUGAGACAAGAGGCCAUCGACCGCUUCAACGCUCCUGGUGCUUGUCAGUUCUGUUUCCUGCUCUCCACCCGAGCGGGAGGUCUGGGCAUCAACUUGGCCACCGCCGACACGGUGGUCAUCUUCGACUCGGACUGGAACCCUCACAACGACAUUCAGGCGUUCAGUCGAGCGCACCGAAUCGGGCAGGCCAACAAGGUGAUGAUCUACCGCUUCGUGACGCGAGCCAGCGUGGAGGAGCGCAUCACCGAGGUGGCCAAGAGGAAGAUGAUGCUGACCCACCUGGUGGUCCGGCCGGGCCUCGGCUCCAAGGCCGGCUCCAUGAGCAAGCAGGAGCUGGACGACAUCCUCAAGUUCGGGACGGAGGAGCUCUUCAAGGACGAGUUAGAACGCAUGAAGAACAGCUCGGGGGACAAAGUCGAGGACGAGGGCAGCGUGAUCCACUACGACAACGUGGCCAUCGAGAGGCUGCUGGACCGCAGCCAGGACGCCACCGACGACUCGGACGUCCAGAACAUGAACGAGUACCUCAGCUCCUUCAAAGUGGCCCAGUACAUGGUCCGAGAGGAGGACAAGAUCGAGGAGGUCGAGCGGGAGAUCAUCAAGCAGGAGGAGAACGUGGAUCCGGACUACUGGGAGAAGCUGUUGCGGCACCACUACGAGCAGCAGCAGGAGGACCUGGCGAGCAAACUGGGCAAAGGCAAGAGGAACCGCAAGCCCGUCAACUACAACGACGCGGCUCAGGAAGACCAAGAUAACCAGUCCGAGUAUUCGGUGGGCUCCGAGGAGGAGGACGAGGACUUCGACGACCGGCCGGAAGGUCGGAGGCACUCGCGUCGCCAGUUGAGGAACGAGAAGGACAAACCUCUGCCUCCUCUUCUGGCCAGAGUGGGAGGCAACCUGGAGGUGCUGGGCUUCAACACACGCCAGCGGAAGGCCUUCCUGAACGCGGUGAUGCGCUGGGGGAUGCCCUCCCAGGACGCUUUCUCCUCCCAGUGGCUGGUCAGAGACCUCCGGGGCAAGAGCGAGAAGGAGUUCAAAGCCUACGUGUCCCUCUUCAUGCGGCACUUGUGCGAGCCGGUGUCCGACGGGGCGGAGACGUUCGCGGACGGCGUGCCGAGGGAGGGCCUGUGCCGCCAGCCGGUGCUCACGCGCAUCGGCGUCAUGUCCCUCGUCAAGAAGAAGAUCCAGGAGUUUGAGCACAUCAACGGGCGGUGGAGUCUGCCGGAGCUCAAGCCCGAGGUCGCCAUGGACAAGUCGUCCUCCAGGGCCUCGUCCCCCGCCGUGAAGACCACCACGCCCACCUCCGAGGCCAGCUACAGCAACACGCCCUGCACCUCGGAGCCAGCCACCCCUGCUCCGUUCGACAAGCUGGAAAGGAACGGCAAGGAGGAGGACAAAGAGGAGAGCGAGGGCCGAGCCGACGGAGAGAGAGCGAAGGAAAAGGAUGAGGGGAGCGAGGAGGACGGCAACGGGCCCGCAGACCCCGAAGAGCUCUGCUCUUUGACGAAAGACGCAGCGCAAAGUGCGUCCCCUGGUCAAAGAAACAAAGGCCAAGAGGACAGCGACCUGAGGGAGGACGAGAGGAAAGAAACCAGCGACGCUCCGGCCGCCACGACGGAGACCGAAGAAGAGACGUCACGAGACGUCAAAGAAGAGAAAUCAGGAGAGAAGACGGGGGAGGAGAAGGAAAAGGAGGCGCGGGAGGAGACGACGCCGGCGGCGGCUGAAGCGACGGAUGCCAAGGAUAAGAGCGAGGUGUUCGACGUGAAGAAAGAGGAGGUCAAAGGUGAAAGGGAUGCCGGCAAAGAAGCCAGGGCGGCCAGAGAGGACGCGCCCAAGGGCAACGCCAGGCCUCCCGUCGAGCGGCCUCGCUUCAUGUUCAACAUCGCCGAUGGCGGCUUCACCGAGCUGCACACUCUCUGGCAGAAUGAGGAGCGGGCCGCCAUCUCCUCCGGGAAGAUGAACGAGAUCUGGCACCGCCGGCACGACUUCUGGCUGCUGGCGGGAAUCGUGAUUCACGGUUACGCCCGAUGGCAGGACAUCCAGAACGACCCCCAGUUCGCCAUCGUCAACGAGCCGUUCAGAUCGCAGGCCAACAAAGGCAACUUCCUGGAGAUGAAGAACAAGUUCCUGGCUCGUCGCUUCAAGCUGCUGGAGCAGGCGCUGGUGAUCGAGGAGCAGCUGCGACGGGCCGCCUACCUGAACAUGACCCAGGACCCCGGCCACCCGGCCAUGGCGCUCAACGCUCGCUUCACGGAGCUGGAGUGCCUGGCCGAGUCCCACCAGCACCUCAGCAAGGAGUCGCUGGCGGGCAACAAGCCGGCCAACGCCGUCCUGCACAAAGUGCUGAACCAGCUGGAGGAGCUGCUGAGUGACAUGAAGGCCGACGUGACCCGGCUGCCGGCCACGCUGUCCAGAGUCCCGCCCAUCGCCGGCCGCCUGCAAAUGUCCGAGAGGAGCAUCCUCAGCCGGCUGGCCAGCAAGGGCACCGAGACGCACACCCCCCCGCACAUACCUGCGGGACCCUACGCCACGCCUCACAACUACGGAGCGCCCUUCACCCCCGCGCCCCCGAGCGCCCUGCUCAUGGGCGGCGCCAACUACAGUCACAUGCCGCCCGGCUCCUUCAUAUCAGCGCUGAACGGACCCCCCAUGUCCGUGAAGAAGGAGCGCGAAGCCGAGCUGCUCGUCAACCGGCGGGAGCAGCGCAGCGGAAAGGUCAUCUGCAUCGACGACUAGACUGCACGCACACACACACACACACAGACACACAGACAGACACACGUUUAAAGAGAGACAUCGCGGUGCGAUCAGAGCAUUGAACCACACAUCCAGUAUUAGAUACGCAUUGACUUGAGAUUGUACUUCAUUCACACACGUCUCCUAAUACGCUGGGGCCCGGUACACCCCUAAAAGCUACAAUCGCGCACACACACACACGUUUCGAGUACACAAACACACUGACAGACACGCACCUGCAGCACAUAGUGUCUCAUAGCUUCAUGUGACCCUUUCUUGUCUGCCUCAAACCAUUAUACUCCUCAUACGUGUGGAGUGUGUGCCUCUUCACACGGGCCUCCUCCUCUUGGGAUGCUUCUAACCUCACACACACACACACACACACACACACACACACACACACAAACAACGCUGAACCCACCUCAAUCCUAGAGACAUGUAGAUCUCAACAAUAAACCAUGUAACCUUCCUCCUCCUCCUCUGCAUGUUAAGUCUAAAAACACUCCAUCACCCUGAAGCAUGCGCUAAUCACAGUAACGCCGUCUCGCCGGAAAGAGGGAGGAGAGAGAAAGAUGGCGUCGAGCUGCGCUCAUACACUCGAUUCAACUCGGUCUCCUCCGCGUUCUCUCCGGCCCGAGCAGCUCCACGGUUCUUUUUAGCUUUUAUUUUGUUUUCCUCGAUUUCAGAUUAAAAAACGCGCAGAUAUGAUGAUUAUAUUCAGGAACUUGCCGCUCCGCUUCCCGGGCCGCCGGUCUGUGUGAAGAGCUUUGAGGUAUUUUUUGGGGGGGUUUGUGAUGCUAUUUUUCAGAAACCUCAUAUGAAUGUUUAUAACCUUUUCAUAAGCAAGUCAGUGUUAUUAAAACCCGUCCGUCGCCUUGAACGCUCCCCCCUCUCCAUUCUCCCCCCCCCCGCCCCAAGUUUCCAUUUCUUUCCACAAAACCCUGUGAUAUACUUUGCAUAUUUAAACGGCUCAUUCGUGUUUUUUCUUGUGUUUUUACUCUCACGAUUCAAAGUAUUGUCGAUGUUGCUGUUGUUCUCGCUGUUGCUAUUUGAGAGCUUCUACCAAAAGAGACAUUUUUUUUGUAACGGGACACGAUGAAAAAGACGAGACAGUAUGCGCGACACUCCGCCAUGUUUGAACUGCAAUUACGAGGGAAACGCAAACGAAGAAGUUGAGGUAACUUCAGAGAAAGAAGUCAAUCUGGGGCUCGUAAAGGACAUAUACAUAUAUAGAAAAUAGGCCAUGUGUAACCCUAAAUGCUUCUACGAGCGGAAAGAAAAUGUAUUCUAUCUUACCCCAGUAAAAAUACAGUUAUUAUCUCGAAAAAUCCAAGGCUGGAAAUCCAUUUUAUAUACCGCAUCAUUAAAAAACGCCUUAAACAUAGCUGAGCAAAUGUAAAGUCAUCGAACUGAAUUAAGAACCUGAUGUCAACCCUUAAAUCCUGGUCACAGUGCUUAAAGUAAAACAAAAAAAAAACCCACAGUGACUGUAGGAGUUAGUUUAUCUCGUGGACAUUUUACGUUGACCUUCCCAGGAAAUAGUCAGAGGCCAUUUUACAAAUUCUGUUUCAUGCAAACGUUUUAGCUGCCCCUUAACUUAAAAGUUAAAAGCACUUAGCUCUUUUUUUCUUCUUUCACGUCUACUCUGUCCUCCUUCCAGAUGUGUUGUGUUCAUUUCUGGUUUCCUUGUGUCACUGUACGUAGUGGUGCCGAUCAGAUGAUUGAGUGGCGGCGAAACAUGUCGUUCUUUCUUUUUUUUUUUUCAUUUUCUUUUUGUUGUUUGUAAUAAAACGGAAUAAAAUGAUGAA